UCCAUGGAUAUCUAAGUAGUUUUACAAUUUACAUUCAAGAAAGCUUUUAAGAUUUGUUUAAAUGAAUUUUGACAUUUUGACAUUUAAUUAAAUAUUCUUUAAAUAAACUUAUUUGUAAUCCAUAUUAAUUAAUUAACUGCGUAUAAAUAUAAAGAAAAUGCGGGAAAGAAUUGAAAUCGGAAUUAUUUCUAAUGAUACUAGUCAUGAAGGAACGAUAAUUCAAAUUGCUAAUAGUCUUGACGCAUUACAAUCAGCAGCUUCCUAUAUUUUUAAAUCAAUCGACGACAGAGUUUUAAAUUAUACCAAAAGAUUACAAGAUGUCAAACAAAAAACUAAUAAACUUCAGGAUCAAUUAUUUUAUUUACAAAAUAACAUGAGUUUAAAAGCUAUAAAAAUUUAUUCGGAUGCCAAGUAUCCGGCGUACUCGACUUACAAAGAAUACGAAACUUUUAUAAAUAGUCCAAAUGACGAGUUGCCGGUUAAUAAACAAGUCAGUCGAUCGGAUAAUUACUCUGUAAAAAAUUCAGUUGAGUCAACGGUGAAAGCUGAUCACUAUGCUAGUGAAUUAAAACUAAAAGAAAAGUUGCAAUUUUAUUAUGUUAUGAAUAAACCAUUGAAAAAAGAUGAUUUAAAUAAAACAAACGAGACAUCAGUUACUCGUGUGUCAUCAGUAAGUGCUUUAUUGAUUGAUGAUAAUCAAACAUCUAACAAGUCUGCGAAUUUAUCAUCACCAAUUGGCAAUAAUAAGCGUAAGAUUGAAGAUGCUCCUGAUUCAAUAAACCAGCCAUGGCAGUCGUCUGAUUUUGAAUCGCCGUCUUAUUUAUAUGCUCCAAUGCUUGGCGAAGUACCACAAAUAAAUGUACCAGCAAUACUACCAGAUCUUCCAGGAAUUGUUGAUGACGAAAAAUUCGUUCUAGAUUUGAGUUUCCAGAGUCCAAUAGCACCAUCAUCAGCAGUAACAUCACCAACAGCAAGAAUUGAUCUUCCAGACGCUGGAGUAUCUUUAAAAGAUGUAAAACAAACAAAAGAAAUUAAUAAUACUCCAAAUCUUCCCAAUUUGGAUCAAGAUUCAGGAUAUCUGGCAGCGCCAUCUCCAUCACCACCACCACCACCACCACCUCCGCUGCCACCAGCGACAAUAAAUCAACCUCAAAGUUCACCACAAGUAUCUCAACCUGUAUCUGCACCUUCACCUGCACCACCACCUCCUCCUCCUCCACCUCCACCACCCUCUGAAAUAAAAGAAAAGGAACAGAAAGUUGAAUCUAAACCUGUAGCAAAACCAGCGUCAACUGACGACCGCAGUAAUCUAAUGGAAGCUAUAAGAGCUGCUGGUGGAAUUGGAAAAGCUAAACUACGACACACUGGUGAAAAAACAAGUGACCGAUGGUCAUCAGCUUCUGUAGGAGGUGAUCUGAUGGCUGACUUACACGCCAAGUUGUCUUUGAGACGAAAAGGUAUUGCUGGAGGCAGUGCUGGUGCUGGUAGUUCUAUUGGUGCUUUAGAGAGAAUAUCUCGUCUGAUUCCACCGCCACCUAAACCCAAUGAAGCUUCUGAUCGCAACUCAACAAGUGAAUAUGAUUCCCAACCUGAUGCUGACGACUGGGAAGAAUAAUUUUUCAUUAUGAUUUUUUUUUUAUUUUAUUGGCUAAUUAUAAAUAUAUUUUUAAUUACAAAUACAAUAGUCAUGUUAAUAUUUAUUGUAAAUAUAAAUAAAAAAAAUUAUUUUA